AUGUCCCCAACUGUCCCCUCAGCGCCACCGCAGCUGCGCAUCGUCCCCGAGCGCUCGGGCCCCGCGCUGGCCCUGGUGUGCCACGCCUGGGGCUUCUCCCCCGCCGACAUCACCCUGAGGUGGUUCCGCAACGGGGCCAUCGUUGGGGACACCGUUGGGGACACCGUCGGGGACACCGUCGGGGACACCGUGGGGGACACUUCAGGACAAAGCCGCGUGCUCCCGGUGGGGGACGGAACGUUCCGGACGCAGGCGACGAUCCAGGUGCCACCGGGGACAUCUGGGGACACUUUGGAGUGCGUGGCGCUGCACCCCACCCUGGAGGAGCCCCUCAGAGUCACGUGGG